AUGACUAGAAGGAUAUCAUAUUCAUUGAAAAAGAUGUCAGUAACCUCUAUGCAAAUAAGAUGGACACCAGAAGCAUUGGAAGAGGCUCUCAAUAAAAUAAAAAUAUCUGAUAUAAAUUCUGGAAAGACUUCUAGAUAG